AAUUCGGCUUGUUUAUGUUUGAAUUUGGCUCAAUAACAUGCUAUUAGACUGUAACCAAACAGUACACGAAGUUUAAAUUUUGUUCACAUCUAAAUUAUAAUUUGAAAUAUCGUCUAAUACACAACAGUAUUAUAAAUGGAUUGUACCUUCUGUAAGAAAAGUGCAGCCCACUUAACGCCGCACAACCUCUGCAACUUAUGCUUGGUGCAUGUGGAAUGCUGCGAAAUAGAUGACAUCCUGUCGGAUAAUGGAGGGAUAUCACCUCCGCCCGAUGACGAUGCCGAAGGCGAUGAACAAUUGGAAAACGAAUUGCACCUUCAGGAUGUGCGGGAGGAGUGCGACAUUUGUCUGGAAAAGGUCCUGAAGAACGACCUGGAGCAGCACCGGGAGAUGUGCUCGCCGCGGAUAGUGUACCACUGUGCCAUCUGUAGCGACGAUUAUCUGAGCAAAGAGGGAUUGUGGAACCACCUGGAUUUGCAUGAGAUCGUAGACGAAGACAAGGAAUUGAACUACAGCGAAGUGCGAACCGCCCAAGAGCUACAGAAGUGCGUACUCUGCAACGACCAACGAGGAUACAUGGAAAAACGAUAUUGGGAACACGUUCACGAAGACCACGAUGGAUACUUUUUGCGAUGUUUAGAAUGUGGCGAAAGUUUCAGGUCAAAAAAGCAACAGAUCAACCACACUCUCAGAAACUGUAAAGCUGGUGCGGAAAAGGGCCAAGAAGUCAUAAGCUUGAAUCUGCCGUUGCAAAUCAAUGUUCUAGCAAACUUCAGUAAGCUGUAUGAGCAAGCACAGGCGAACACUACGAAUGUGGAUAUAAUUUCAUACAUACGUGAAAAAGGUGAUUUGUUGAAAGAGGUAGAAAUCAAACCGGACUAUAGGACACAAAUAGAAGUCAAAACUCAUUCCAGUGACAAAGAGAAAAACUUCACCGGAAAAGAGUCACAUAAACCGAAGGAUAUGGACCACAAACCAGCAGAAGCUGAUAAUCGUGAAAAUGAAUCAAACCGUGGACAAGGCAUGUCUUUGAAGAGAAAAUAUCAGGAAGAUAAUACAUUCUCUUGUGGAAUAUGUGGCGAAACACGUAAUGAUUUCUACGAGCUUGUCUUGCACGUGAAAGAGAAUCAUUAUGAGGAAGCUAAAUGUCAGAAACUGCUUGGCGCGCUUAAUGAACCUGAUCGACCUGAUCAUCAAAAUGAAAGUCAAGGCACUGAAGCGACAAAAGAAUCUCGCCUUACAGAUAUCGAACAAGCAAAAUCGUCCGUAGAAAAUUGUCCAAUCUGUGGUGAAUCGAUGCGCGAUCGAGACCAGCUUACGUUACACGUCAAGGAAAACCAUCGAAUGAUCACUUGUUCAGGAUGCGACGAGACUUACAUCGAUCUCGGACAUGCGAUCCAAAACCAACAGUCACCCCGAACCGGUUCCACUCUUUUCGACGUGAACAAUUCCCAAAAGCAGCCCGGCAUCAAAUGUGUUUGUUAUAGUAGAGCUAAUCGCAUCCAGAACGAUCCCAACAAUUAUUUAGACGAUCGGGACUCAUUUACGGAUGGAAAUCCGCGCUUUCAGUGUCCUUGUUGUGCGGAAAAGUUCCAAGAGAAGAAACAACUGCAGCGCCACAUGAGCGAACAUGUAAAUGAAAUCAUCAACAAAAAGUUUAAGUUGACUUCACCGCAGAAGGAUAGUGGCGAAUGCCCUGACACUCAAAGUUCUGCGAUAGAGGAAACGCCUAGUUUAAGUUAAUGGGGAAAAGAGUAGCAUAGGGUUAAGCUUUUACCACAGAGAACAGACAUGCAGGCUCGAACAAAAUUCCAUCAAAAUCAUGUGUAAGGGUUAGAAUCAAUCAUCAGCGCCGCCAACGCAGAGAGCGCGACAUACAAACUCGUUUCGACCACACGAUGGCACUAGCGAACGUCAACAUACAUCGGCACACAAAGCAACGCUAGCGACAAGUGGCAAUUUUGCAUCGUGACACUAGCGCCAAAGUGUUAGAAGCGGUGAUUUGAAGCUCCUAUAUUCUGAUGACAGCGCCGCGUAACAGGAGCAUAACGACAUACUUUGAAAUGACCAGUACAAAGCUUUACACACGUUGACGAUUAAAGAUGAACGUCUGUUCUCUGUGCU